CAUGAUUUGAUGGUGAUUGGGUGUGUUGAUUCGUCAUCCCAUUUUUGUAAUUUGCAUACUCCUCCUUCAAGAACACAUUUCUUCAACUUGAAUGCCAUGCACACAUCAAUGGAAAUGAUGAUACUCUAAAGGAAGAAAAUCUGUAAAUAGUCUGUCAAUAAGCUUGCGAUGGUUGUCAAAGAAGAACUAUUUACAUUGCUGUGACACUCAGUGUUGAAUUUCGUUUUCUCUGGUGCCUGGAAAUUGGUGAGACUCCACUCGAUGUGUUGAUUUGGAAGAGAUGAGUGAAGAGGAUGGAGAGCAGACCACCCUGCAGGCAAUAGAGUGGUGCACCAAUCUGCAGUGUCUGAUCGAAAUAUCGGCCGAACACCUGGAGGGACUGCGGACACAGUGCCUGACCAGGGCCGUGCUAACUCAGCAGGAGAUCAGGAGAAUCGAGGCCAAGCUGGUGAAGCUCUUCAGCACUCAGCUGGUGGCCAAGUCGCGGAUCCCCAGCGAGGAGUUGGAAGCGUCUGGAUGUGACCUCUUCCCAUCGCUGCAGCUGUGGCUCAAGGUGGUCGGACUGAGUCCCCCUGCCGUCCAGAUGGUGUGCUGCAGGUACUCGUCGAUGGAGGCGCUGAUGGAGAGCGGCGAGGCCGAGCUCCGCGCUCUCCUACCGGCCGCCGGCGCCGCCGAGGACGAGGUCCGACGGCUGGCGCGCGCCAUGCACAACAUGAAAAAGUACACCGAGAGCCAGCUGGUGGGCGAGCCGUGCGGCAGUCCGGACUUGCCGCUCUACUGGGACUCGUGGGAGGCCACCUCGCCCAGUCUGCGCCGCCGGCCACGCAGGUCGUCGGUGUCCUCGUCGGACGAGACGCAGCAAUCGGAGUCGUCGGCGCCGACUCCGUCCGAGUCUUCGGUCCACUCGCAGCCGACGCCGUACGAGCUAACGCAGAGUCUGCCGGCGCCGGCGCCCACCGAGCCCAGUCCGCCGCGCACUCCGCCUGCCAGCCGCUCUGGACGAGACGGCGCCACGCCAUCUGCCAGCCGCCGGCACCACACCGGUCUGCGAGAGCCAUCCGCGGCCGCCGGCGGCGACCCGGCGGCGCUCACCAAGUCGCGCUCCCACGAGAGUCAGCUGACCGGCCGACUGGAGGGCGACGCGGCCUCCCAGCCUCGGUCGGAGGCGGAGGGGGCUGAGUCUGUGGAGCAGGCACUGAGGUCGCCGGGAGCAGCGGCCAGCCCGGCGCCGUCCACCGUCACACACACGCCCACCAAAUCCACCAGUCUCCAGGCGCCGCGCUCUCCGCACACGCCGACACUCAUGCCCGGCAGUAUGAGUCACGUGAUCAAACACAAAUUCGCCAAAACGUUCAAGGUGUCCACCUGCGACCUGUGCAAGAAGCAGAUGAUCUAUGGGCUGCGGUGUCGAGAGUGCAAGUACAAAUGUCACCGCCACUGCGAGGAACACGUGCCGCCCUCCUGCGGUCUGCCGAGGAAGUAUGUCGACUUCUUCAUUGACCAAGUCAAUAGUCAGUCGGUCGAUCGGCUGCAGGGGAAUGCGUCACCACUGGUGGCCGGCAAGCACCAGAGGAAGAGUCAGAGCUCGGGGUAUCUGCACCGCAAGCCGCCCCACGGCUACCCCAACUACAACAACUCGAGCAUCAGCAUACCAGCCUUCCAGGGCCAGGACUCGAGCAGCAACACGUCGAGCUGCAACAGUUCUGCGCCGUCUAGUCCGGCCUACCUGCUGGCCACGCCGCCGGCCUCUGCCAGUCCGCUGCAGCAGUUCAACUUCCCGGAGGUGGGCGCGGCCACGGCCGCCGAGCCGGGCGCCGUCACCGUGGAGCCGCUGCCGCCGGCGCCGCCCACCCCGCCGCCGCCGCCGGCGCCGGCGCCACCGCCCCCGGCCGCCCAGCCGGUGGGCGUGGCCUCGCAGGACUCUGACAAGACCAUGAGUCAGACGUCGGCCAGCACGUCGACCGACUCUGAGCGGACAGUGGCGAGCCGCCUGGACUCCCAGGACUCCACCGUCUCCGACACGGACGGCCUACCGCGACAGAACAGCUUAUCGCUGCGCGAGUGGGACAUUCCGUUCGAGGAGGUGCGCCUGGGCGACGUGGUGGGCCGCGGUCGGUUCGGCGUCGUCAAGAAGGGCCACUGGCACGGCGAGGUGGCCGUCAAGCUGCUCAACAUGGAGGAUGACGACGCCCUGGAGCAGUUCAAACGCGACGUGGCCACGUUCCGCAAGACGCGCCACGAGAACCUUGUGCUGUUCAUGGGCGCCUGCAUGUGCCCUCCUCAGCUAGCUAUCAUAACCAGCUUCUGCAAGGGGAAGCCGCUCUACAACCUGCUGCACGUCCACAAGGAGAAGUUCAACCUGACCAAGAUCAGCAACAUCGCCAAGCAUAUAUCGCUGGGUAUGGGUUACCUGCACGCCAGGGGUAUCGUGCACAAAGACCUCAAGUCGAAGAACAUCUUCGUGGACAACAUCACGGGCACGGUGGUGAUUACAGACUUUGGCCUGUUCUCGCUGACCAAGCUGUGCCCCAACCUUGGGUACCGUCACCGGCUUCACAUUCCCAAGGGCUGGCUGUGCUACCUCAGUCCGGAGAUUGUGCGCUGCCUGCGACCCGGCGACAACAGAGACCUGCCUUUCUCCAUGAGCUCAGACAUCUUCGCGUUCGGGACCGUGUGGUACGAGCUGCUGUCGGGCGAGUGGCCGUGGAAGGACCAGCCGGCAGAGGCCACCAUCUGGCUGGUGGGACGCGGCAUGAAACAGUCGCUGGCCAACAUCCAGGCAUCCCGAGACGUCAAGGACCUGCUGAUGAAGUGCUGGAACUACCACCAGUCCGAGCGGCCCGACUUCACUGAGCUGCUCUCCAUUCUGGAGCGGCUGCCCACCAAGCGGCUGGCGCGCAGUCCGUCGCACCCGACGCAGCUGUCGCGCUCGGUAGAGUCCGUCUUCUAACAGCGGCGCUGGCUCGCUCGCUCGCGCGCGCGCGCACACUCGCCGCCUCUUGUGAUAUCUGUUCGUGUGGUAGAGCGUAGGUGUGUGUCGUGACUGGCCGGCCGGCCGGCGGGGCGCGCCGCCAGUACAACGACACGCUAGUAUGCACAGGCGCCGGCCGCCUGUCCGUCUGUCUGUUCGUUCGUCAGUCUGUGUCUGUCUGUGGGUGUGAGUGUUCCAAAGGACGGGCCGAAUAAUUAUGCUGACCUAACGAAUUAUCACACUAAAUACAAGUGUACAGAUCGUG